GGGGGGCUCAGCCUCCGAGACACUGACAUGGAACUUUACAUGUUUUCUGCAGAGCUCCGUGGCGGGGCAGGGUUAGAGCAGACGGGCCUCCAUCCCCAGCCCCCCUCCCACAGCUCCCCCUUCCUCUCUCCUCUAUCUCCUUUCUGUUGUCAUUUGCCUUCCAUCUUCUGGAGCCUCUUCCAGCCCCGGUCAGUCCCCAGCUACAGCUGGCGAUGCUGCUGCUGAUCUCAUGCUCCCAGCACCAUGGUACAAGCCAGAGGAAAUGGGAUAGUAAAGACGAACUUUCAGGAUUAGUGAUGACUUUGAAGGCCUUUCUGAUUCUGACGUGGUCUCCUCGGCAGUCCCUGUGCCCCGCCUUCCUCGCACCCCUUCAGGGACUUCUUUCCCUAGAAAAGAACAGGUCACAUGGUUGGUGAGGCUUUGGGCUCCAUUAUUCUCCAAGAAGCUGCAUUUGUGACUCUCAGACUGAAGGUUGAACUCACUCUUUUUCCCUUCUUGGGGUGGGAGAGGGUGCCAAGCUGCUGGUGGAGAAGCCUUCCAGGCCUUUGGGAGGUUGGCCUGCUGCUGUUGGGCAUUUCCGUGGCCCUGACGGUUGCCAGAGGGUCUGCCCUCAUGUUCAUCUGUUCUAAUGUGUGCUGUUAAUGCGGGCCUUUUGGCUCUCCGUCUUGUUUCCGUUUGCCAGAACGUGAAGGGCCGGGCAGAGAAUAAUGUUCGCCCUGCUUCCUUUUGGCAGAAUUGCUUCCCGUUGUCUCGAAGACUUUAAUCUGGGGACCUUGGGAAGCACAGCCAGUCCCAGAACCCCAGUUCUGUCGUGCUGCUAUACCUAGUCAACCUUGCUGCAUUAUUACCUCCAUCUCCUUUUUCACUAUUUUCCCAUGGAGUGGGGCUCCCAGUGACAACUGGCAAAUGAUGGGGAUGAUUACUUGUUAGCAUUCUGGUGGGGACCCGUUUCUAGAGUGCUCAGAGUGUUUUAGAAAUAUCCUCAUUUGUCUGCACGAUGGCCCCACGAAGUUCAACAAACAGAGUUCUAACUACGUGGGAGCUGAGGGAGCGGGGCUUGUCCAGAGCCAGAGUGCACUAGCCUGGCACCCACAUCACGGCCUUGGGGGAAAGAAGGGCCGCGGGGAGAGAUGGGGGUUGUGCAUCUGUGCGGAGCUGCAUUUUCUGCCCAUCUUCUCUGAAGCCCGGAAGAGAGCGGAACCCGGCCUUGGUCUGGCCCGUGGUCCCCAUCCGGCCAGUGAGGCCGCUCCCAGCUCCUCUGCAUCCUAAACUCUGGUUCUCAUGCCCGAGCCCCUAACGAUCCGGCCAGUCUUGGCUCCCCUUCUUCAAAAUGGAGGGGUUUUGGUGCAAGGAGUUGUUUCCUUCUGCCUGCCUCCCCGCUCCUCGCCUCCCCAUCUUUGCUUUAUGGCCGGCAUAUGGAAGCUGUUUCUAUUUACUCGGCACCGCUAGGACGUAGCCUGCUGCGCUCCAGCGAACGGAAACCUUGGAUUCCCUGCAGGCUCGUUUCUGAGGCUGCAUGCAAAGCGGCCAGCUGUUUUGCUGGGAGCGUCUGGGCCGUGUUACAUCAGCGUGGAGGAAGCGUUACCAUCUGUGCAGACAGGUCAUCCCCGUUUGCUUCUGCCUGCCCUUUGUACCGUGAACCUCUCUAAUACUUUGUUUUGGGUUGGGAUUUAAAAUAAAAUGAUAAGCUUUGCCAGUUCAGCAUGGUAUGAUAUCCUUCCCCCUGUACCCACCCCUCCACCCGACUGGCUUUUUAUGUUCACUUAUUUAGGCCGAUUGCCAUGACUACGGGGAAGCUGAGUUUUGGCUCUGAGAACACAGGAACUUUCUAAAGCUUUUGCUUAGUUCAGAAAUGGGCUGGGCUGCCUCUUUGUGAGGUAGUGAGCUCCCUGUUUACUGUCUGUGCGCAAAUCCGGGAAGGACACCUGUCCACCACUCAAGGUGUUUGUUGUAGCUGACAUCCCUCGAGAAGGUGGCUCUCUACUAUGUGACUGAUUCGGGAAGGAAGGAGGAAUAGACUUUGGGAUCGGCUCCCUCCAGAAACCCCUUGAACUGCUCAGGCCUGAGAAGCCAGAAGCUGCCAGUCCCAUGGAAGAGCACCAGCAGAGCAGGAACAAAAUGUUUCCCUCUGUCCGACUUUCCCUGAAGGCCUGAAAAAGGAUCACCCUUCUUGCCAAGAAUCCUCCCCAGCGGCUGCCCUUGGCCUUUUGAAGAACUCGAGCAAGCAGGGGAACGGAGACCCGGCUGCAGGCCAGGAGAGGCAGCUUUUCCUGCUCCCCAAUCCUCCUCCCUCCACUCCCUCCUUCUUCCUCCCUCCCUCUUUCCCUCCCCCACCUCUUCUCCAGCUUCCAGCUUGGGGCCCUCCCAGCAAAGGCAGACAUGCGGAAGAGCGAGCAAUCCACCACCUGCCUGGCGGAGACAACAUGGAGCGAGCUCUCCGAGAGGCCCAUGGUCAGGUCCUCCUACCUCAUGGAGCCGGGCACCCACGAUGGAGGCAGCUAUGUUAUCGGUGACUUGAGGGUGUCCACUCCAGACUCAGGGGAUGGGAUCCUCUUGAGUCCUACCAGACCCAGCUGGGAAAUGAAUUACCAAGAGGCAGCAAUCUACCUCCAGGAAGGUGAGAAUAAUGACAAGUUCUUCACCCACCCCAAGAACGCCCAGGGCCUGGCUGCGUACCUCUUUGUCCACAACCACCUGUUCUACCUGAUGGAGCUGACCACGGCUUUGCUCCUGCUGCUGCUCUCCCUCUGCGAGGCUCCCGCUGUUCCCGCGCUCCGGCUUGGUAUUUAUGUACACGCGACUCUGGAGCUCUUUGCCCUGAUGGUGGUGGUCUUUGAGCUGAGCAUGAAGAUGCGAUGGCUGGGCUUCCACACCUUCAUCCGGCAUAAACGCACCAUGGUCAAGACAGUCGUGCUGCUGGUCCAGUUUGUCGAAGCCAUCGUGGUUCUGGUUCGCCAGACGUCCCACGUGCGGGUGACACGGGCCCUGCGCUGCAUCUUCUUGGUGGAUUGCCGAUACUGCGGUGCUGUCCGUCGCAACCUGCGGCAAAUCUUCCAGUCUCUCCCUCCCUUCAUCGACAUCCUGCUGCUGCUGCUGUUCUUCAUGGUGAUUUUUGCCAUCUUGGGAUUUUAUUUGUUCUCCCCAAAUCCCUCGGACCCGUACUUCAGCACCUUGGAAAACAGCAUCGUCAGCCUUUUCGUCCUGCUCACCACUGCCAACUUCCCAGAUGUCAUGAUGCCCUCGUACUCCCGGAACUCCUGGUCCUGCAUCUUCUUCAUCGUGUACCUUUCCAUUGAGCUCUACUUCAUCAUGAACUUGCUCCUGGCCGUUGUGUUUGACACAUUCAACGAUAUUGAGAAGCGCAAAUUCAAGUCACUGUUGCUUCACAAGCGUACGGCCAUCCAGCAUGCGUACGGUCUGCUCAUCAGCCAACGGAGGCCCUCGGGGAUCUCCUUCCGCCAGUUUGAAGGCCUGAUGCGGUUUUACAAACCCCGGAUGGGACCUCGGGAGCGCUAUCUCACCUUCAAAGCCCUCAAUCAAAGCAAUACGGCUCUGCUCAGCCUGAAGGAUUUUUACGGUAUCUAUGAAGUUGUUGCCUUAAAGUGGAAGGCAAAGCGCAAUAAAGAGCACUGGUUUGAUGAGCUUCCCCGUACUGCCUUCCUCAUUUUCAAAGGCAUUAAUAUCCUAGUGAAGUCCAGAAGCUUCCAGUAUUUCAUGUACCUGGUGGUGGCCGUCAAUGGGAUAUGGAUCCUCGUGGAAACGUUCAUGCUGAAAGGUGGAAACUUCUUCUCCAAAAACGUGCCCUGGAGUUACAUCAUCUUCCUCACUAUCUACGCAGUGGAACUGCUCCUGAAGACCACCGGCUUGGGACCUGUGGAAUAUCUCACCUCAGGAUGGAACUUGUUUGACUUCUCUGUAACAGCGUUUGCCUUCCUGGGACUCCUGGCCUUGGCUUUCAACAUGGAGCCUUUCUAUUUCAUUGUGGUCCUGCGCCCGCUCCAGCUCCUGAGGUUGUUUAAGCUGAAAAAGCGGUACAGGAAUGUGCUGGAUACCAUGUUUGAGCUGCUCCCCCGAAUGGCCAGCCUGGCCCUUACCCUGCUCAUUUUCUACUACUCCUUUGCCAUCGUGGGUAUGGAGUUCUUCUACGGGAUCCUGUACCCCAACUGCUGCAACACCAGCACAGUGGCUGAUUCCUAUCGCUGGAUCAACCGAACAGUGGGCAACAAGACCAGCGUGGACGCGGGCUAUUACUAUCUCAACAACUUCGACAACAUCCUGAACAGUUUCGUGACCUUGUUCGAGCUUACAGUGGUCAACAACUGGUACAUCAUCAUGGAAGGUGUCACUUCGCAGACUUCCCACUGGAGCCGCCUCUACUUCAUGAUAUUCUACAUCGUGACCAUGGUGGUGAUGACCAUCAUUGUGGCCUUCAUCCUGGACGCCUUCGUUUUCCGCAUGAACUACAGCCGGAAGAACCAGGACUCUGAAGUAGACGGCGGCAUCAUCCUCGAGAAGGACAUUUCCAAGGAGGAGCUGAUCGCAGUCCUGGAGUUCUACAGGCAGAGUCAGGGCUCUGGGGCCGAGGUCUCUCAGCUGCUGAAAACCCACUCGCAGAUGGACAAAAGCGGGCAAAACUCGGUGGUAUUUCUGGGAAGAAGGUCAAAGACCAAAAGUGACCUGAGCCUAAAGAUGUACCAAGAAGAGAUACAGGAAUGGUACGAGGAGCAUGCCCGGGAACGAGAGCUGUGGCGCAGGCAGGAGGGGCCCGGCAGCAGCGUCCUCACCCCGUCCCCGCAGUGCCCGGGAGGCCGCCCGCGCUCCCAGACCGUCAUCUAGCCGGCUCUCACUAACAAAAGCCAUGUCUUCUAUGCAAUAACCCGUAGUAUCAUUUUACAGGAGCGUCCCCAGCUGUGUGUACGUGGGCAAAGCGAGGUGAAGUUCUCCACCUCCUUGUGCUCCCCCGCCCAUUCGUCCUAACUCCACAAGUCGGUAGCUUCGGAAGGGUGGCCCAGUGUGGACCCCCUCCUCUGAGGUGACCCUAAGCUGCAGAGUAACCCUUUCGUUAGAGGACCCUUUGAAAAUGGGCCCCAGCCCCUUGGGGGGGGGGGCUGUGCCCUGAAGGGAUCGUCCCAGCGCAUAUAGACUCGGGGCUUGGUCCCAACUUAGGGACAAAACCACUUAAGAGAAGUCGGGGCUCCAGGUUGGUGACCGUGUCCCGCCUUUGAACGGCAGGGUGCCCGGGGCAGUGUAUGAAGGCCAGGCAGGGAGGGCACUUCCCAGUGCUCAGGGAAAGGCCGGCGUGUCAGUCACUCUCGAGGGAACUCAAGGCUCUUCCCCAAAUGCUUUGAUUUUGGUCCUAAAGCUGACACCCACCCGCUCACCAAGGGCAAUUCCAAAAGGCGAGCAGCCCCAAAGGCGGGAUCCCCUGUUCCAUCUUGGGCCUCCCUUCUGCGCUCGAGGUGGCUUCCUCACCUGGCUGGCGACAUGCUGGAGCCCACCCCUCAGGGACCAGGCUGUGCGAAACAGGGCCACAUACAUGGCCCUGGGGCGUCUCCCGAGAGUUUCCACAUGUCCCCGUAUGUUCAAACCUGUGGCCUUGUAACUGGACUUUGGCCCGCCAAAGUCGCGUAUGGAAAAGGAGCCUACCUUACUGAUGAGUUCUGCUUGGUCACGGUCUGGCUAACAGAAGUCUGACUGCGUUUUCAUUAAUAAUGAAUUAUUUUAAUUAUAAAAUUAUGUUAACGUGUAUAUAUCUGUAUACAUAUGUAUCAUAUUCUCCUAGGAGAAGGGCAUAUAGCCAGAAAGUUCGCACCGACUGCCCUGUGGGCGAGUUGACAUAGGGGGGCUCCCAACCUUUUCUCUCCUGUCCCGGAGACCUUAUGCACACGUGCAGUAGGGGCAAAGGGGACCCAGGAAGAAUGUGCUGCCUAAGCCCCUCCUUCGGCUCUGGGCCAUCACCCUGCUUCCUGCCUUGGGGUUGGAGGCAGCCAGGGAAAAUCAGAACCAUAGCAACAAGAUGAGGGGGGGAGGACCUUCCUCAGAGUUCACCUGGUCCUGCCAGUGCUUAGACGGCCCUCGUUCCUGGGUCCUGAGGCUGUCCCGGAGCCCUUCUAUGUGGCCAUAGCAGGAUGCUCCCAAAGCCAGAUCAUCCAGCCCGAGUGCUCUUGCUGGGGCCUGCCAGGAGUGGGCAGCAGCACUGAGACUCUUUGGAGUCUGCCUUUGGUCUCCUGCUUCCAGGAAUCUGCUUGUCUACUUGGGCCUGGGAGCAAGGGUCAGGGGGGCACUUCCUGGCAGAGGAAGAAGGAAAAGCAAAGCCCUCAAAAAGAUCAGUGUAGAAAGCAGCAGCUUCUCAUAUCAGCCCUGCCUAAUUGGACGUGAAGAGGGCGAGCACUUUUCUUCCUCUGUGGAGUCAUCUCAUCCCCAGGGAGCAAGUGGACAGCUUGGUGGGCUAGUUUCUCUCCCUGAGGGGACAGCUGCUGGCAGCAACCAGGUCCCUCCCCAUCCCACCAUCCUCUGGUCUUCCACUGGUAACAUGAGAAGGAAGUAUAGAUUGGUCUGGAUUUUUUUUUCUUUAACAAAAUUCUCCCCCUUGAAUAUGGGAAUGGGAAAGGCUGUUGAAUCCUGCAGAGGAGUCGGGACGCAGGAGAUCAGAGUGGCUUGGUUCUUCCCUGGCUGUCUCCUUCGGUGCUUAUUCCUGCUUUCAGUUAAGAGAUCCUUCCUAGCCAGCCUAGGAAGUCAGCCAUCUCACCCCAAAGGUUUCCCUCCCCCCCAAAGAAACCCCAACAAAGCAUAAAAUUACUCCGAAGUUUGCACAGUGGGUAGCUGGAGCCUUUUGUGUAAAGUCAAACAAUGCUGGAGACCAUUAAUGGUCUUUGUGUGAUGAGUCCUCCUAAGCCAGACUCCAGCCAGUGGAAAUCUAACACGUCCCAGUCCCACCUCCCAAGGACAAGAUGUAGAGCUUAGGGCCCGUCUCACCUCUGGAUCUUUAGUCCGGGGGUGACAGGGAGCAGUCUGGGUCCAGCAGGACUCCAGAAGCAGCUAGAGCCAAACCAGAACUGGGAAAAGGCCAGUGGUUGUGCACCCCAGAAAGGGGGUAGAAAUGCCUCGUUUUACCAGUUCAGUCAUUGGGCACAAUCGACUCGGAUAACCAAUUUCAGUUAGUUGUCCCAGGACGAGGCAGGAAUUGAAGUAGGUUUACAGUUUCAGAGCUGGAGGGGAUCCUCCUCUCGUUCUGUAACUGUGGACGUGGCUAACUUGCCCAAGAACACACAGCACAUUUGUGGCAGGGCCCAGAUGUUCGUCUUAGGCCCACCUCGCACAGCACACACUUGGAGAGAAUACCUUUGGGGUAAAGGUUUCUGCUCCUGUCCCUCCUUGAUCCCCCCCUUCCCUUUGCCCCCAGCCUUACUCAAAAUCACUGAGACAAUCAUUUUGUAUGGACAAGAGAAGCGCUGUGAGGUUUUGUACAUUGGCAAUUUGUUACCUAAAUAACCUGUCAGUAUGAGGGUCUCUAGAACUUAGGCACAUUAAUAAAAGGAUAUUCUGCUUUGUAAA